AUGACAGGCCCCACUUGGCAGCCUGCAAGUGCCGUCAUGACAGGCCCCACUUGGCAGCCUGCAAGUGCCGUCAUGACAGGCCAUACUUGGCAGCCUGCAAGUGCCGUCAUGACAGGCCAUACUUGGCAGCCUGCAAGUGCCGUCAUGACAGGCCCCACUUGGCAGCCUGCAAGUGCCGUCAUGACGGGCCCCACUUGGCAGCCUGCAAGUGCCGUCAUGACAGGCCCCACUUGGCAGCCCGCAAGUGCCGUCAUGACAGGCCCCACUUGGCAGCCCGCAAGUGCCGUCAUGACAGGCCCCACUUGGCAGCCCGCAAGUGCCGUCAUGACAGGCCCACUUGGCAGCCCGCAAGUGCCGUAA